GUCCCCUAGAGCUUUACUGGUCCAAUGCUCAGGUGCUACCUAUAUGAGAGACAUCAUAUCAUAAUUUAUAAUUGAUACUGGAGAGGGUAGAGGGGCAGAAUCGCCACUUCUCGAGAGCUCUGAAAAGACCUAAAACAGCUGUUAUAUUCUCUGGUCAUCAUCCUUAUACAUAAUCACCGCGAUCUAGAGGAAGUCUUCGAAUCGAUAGCCGAGACUCGCCUUUGUUCUCCUGGCUGUGUCAAGCCAGACUACGAUGUCUUCUCCGCACAACCUUCCCCGGGAUGUCGACAAGACCGUUCGACCCAGCGAGGAAGAAACCACUAGGCAAUUUGCGCACUCCAUUGCGGAGACAACGUCCUCGGAAGAGACAGUCGACCAAAUCGAGGCUCUAGCCAACAUCCAGACCAGGACCUCGCGCAUCUCGAUACCGUCAUUAGUGCGGAAAGUGACAUCUAUCGGUACGACUGGAACAACCGACCCGAACUUUGAGGUCGACUGGGAGGAUGAAUUCGAUCGGACAAAUCCGAAGAACUGGACCCUCGGGUACAAGGCCAUGGGAAUGCUGUUCCUAUCAUAUAACACGCUCAUUAUCGUUCUCUAUUCGACCUCGUACACAUCUGGCAUUUCUCUGAUUGCUGCCGAGUUCGACGCUUCUACUACCGUGGUCACUUUAGGACUCACCAUGUAUCUUAUUGGGCUGGCCAUUGGGUCCAUGUUUAUGGCUCCAUUGAGUGAGCUCUACGGCCGAAAACCCGUGUCUAUCGGCUGUCUUCCAGUCUUCACUAUCCUGAUCAUCCCCUGCGCGGUCAGUAAAAAUCUGGCCACCUUGAUCGUCUUCCGCUUCAUUGGAGCGCUGUUUGGCAGUGUGAUGAUCUCGACGGCCCCUGGCAUGGUUGCGGAUCUUGCGCACGACGACCAGCGCGCGCUGGCCAUGUCGAUCUGGAGUAUCGGUCCCCUCAAUGGCCCAGUCGGAGGGUUCGUGACGCAGUAUUUGGGCUGGCGCUGGAUGGACUGGAUUGCUUUGAUCCUGUCCGGCGUCGCGCUGAUUUUCUCGUGCAUUCUCAAGGAGACGUACGGGCCCAUCAUCCUUCAGCAAAAGGCGGCUCGUCUACGUAAGGAGACUGGGGAAUCGCGUUGGUGGUGCCGUUACGAUCAGAAGGCCAGUUUGAAGGAAUUGCUGAAAAUCAACCUAAGUCGUCCGUUUGUCAUGGCCGUCACUGAGCCUAUCUGUAUCUUCUGGAACAUCUAUAUCGCCAUCGUCUACGGCAUCCUCUACCUGUGCUUCACGGCUUACCCGAUUGUCUUUCGCCAAAUCCGGGGCUGGUCUCUGGGCCUGUCCGGCCUGGCCUUUCUCGGCAUCGGCACAGGCUGCCUGAUCACCAUAGCUUGCGAGCCACUGAUCCGACGAAUGAUCAACAGUCAUCAGAUCGACCCUGAAACAGGCAAGCCCCCGCCCGAGGCCAUGGUCUCGAUUGUCUGCAUCUCGGCGCUUCUGAUCCCCGCGGGCGAGCUCUGGUUCGCGUGGACCGACUCCCCGGCCUCGGUCCACUGGAUUGUCCCGAUUCUGGCGGGUAUCCCCUUCGGUGCAGGCAACACGGGGGUGUUCAUUUAUGCGACGAACUACCUGGCGGGCAGCUACGGCGUCUACGCGGCCUCGGCCAUGGCGGGCAACUCGGUCAUCCGGAGUAUCCUGGGCGGCGUGUUGCCCCUGGUGGGAACGUACAUGUACUCGGGCAUCGGGCCGCACUGGUCCGGGACGCUACUGGGGCUGCUGGAGGUCCUAAUUGUUCCGAUUCCGUUCGUAUUCUACAAGUAUGGGUACAAGAUCCGCGAGAGGAGUACUCUCAUCCGGCGGAUGCAGGAGGACAAGAAGCAUCUGGAAUUGAAGCGGAAGCGGCAGUUGCAAAGAGGCGAGAUGGCGGCUGUGACGGAGAAGAUGAAGACGGAGGCUUGA